CUAUUGGCUCCUAAAGGUGCCGCUCUCCAGGAAGCCCCUCCCCAGUCUCAGUUCCACUUGGGAUACCUCUCGCUCCCAGAUUAUCAGUGUUACACAGGAUGGAGCUCUCCUACCAGGCGCUCAGAGUCGCUUCACAGAACCGAGAGGCGGAAGAAUUGCGCACUGAAGCACGGAGGAAGAACCUUCUGAUCCUUAUCAUGCAUUACUUAUUGCAGGAAGGGUACGUGGAUUCCGCCAACUCCCUGGAACAGGAAACCAAAAUCAGUUCGAGACGCUUCGAAGUCUGUGACAAUGUUGAUCUCGAGACCAUCUUAAUGGAGUAUGAAAGCUACUAUUAUAUCAAAUUUCAGAAAUAUCCUAAAAUCACCAAGAAAGCAUUAGAUCACGAUAGUAGAGUGCAGCCAAAACCCCGGAGUGCUGGGAAGCUGAGAAGAGCAGGCAGUAACUCCACACAAGGACUCCCACGGAUCAGCCAACAGCAAGUCAUUCAUAGGCCAGUCUCAAGCACGUACUAUAGGACAAAUGGUCAUCAAAAGGCACUGAGCAGGGAAAAUUCAAAACAGGAGAGUGGCGGGAACAGCCCUCAAGAGGCCUCUGAAGUUGGUUUAAAUGUGUCCGCGAUCAGCAAGGCAAGUGGAGAAGGAAGCCAUACAAGAAGGCGGCAAGUCAUUGAUUUUCGCAGUAUGAUCCAAGACACAAUUAAAGGAGCAUCUCAGGAAAUAGCUCUGAAUAGUCUGAACUGCAAUCCAGACCCUUCUGAGCGUUUAAUCAAACCCGUAGGCGCAUUUAUUGGUGGAAACAGUGAGAUGAGAGAACUGGCAGCUGUGAUUAGCAGGGAUAUUUAUCUCCAGAACCCGAAUGUGAGGUGGGACGAUAUUAUUGGUCUUGAUGCAGCCAAACGACUGGUGAAAGAAGCAGUAGUCUAUCCCAUAAGGUAUCCGCAGCUGUUCACAGGGAUACUCUCUCCUUGGAAGGGAUUAUUGUUAUAUGGACCACCAGGUACAGGAAAGACAUUACUUGCCAAGGCAGUGGCCACAGAAUGCAACACAACCUUCUUCAACAUUUCAGCCUCUACAAUUGUCAGCAAGUGGAGGGGAGAUUCAGAGAAGCUAGUGCGGGUGCUGUUUGAACUUGCCAGAUACCAUGCCCCCUCUACUAUUUUCUUGGAUGAACUGGAGUCAGUGAUGAGCCAGAGAGGGACUGGUCCUGGGGGGGAACACGAGGGAAGUCGGAGGAUGAAAACGGAAUUAUUGGUGCAGAUGGAUGGCUUGGCCCGAUCUGAUGAUCUUGUAUUUGUCCUGGCGGCUUCUAAUCUGCCGUGGGAGCUGGACUAUGCUAUGCUGAGGCGCCUGGAGAAGAGGAUUCUGGUGGAUUUGCCCAGUAAAGAAGCCCGACAGGCAAUGAUCCAGCACUGGCUCCCUCCCAUCAGCAAUAGCUCCGGAGUAGAACUGAGAACGGAUCUAGACUACAGCACCCUGGGCGAGGAGACAGACGGCUACUCCGGGUCAGACAUUAGGCUGGUUUGCAAGGAAGCGGCCAUGAGGCCAGUAAGGAAAAUCUUUGACGCACUUGAGAAUCACCACUCGGAGCAUAAGAAGUUGCCGGUUAUCAGUCUGGAGACCGUGACCACGUCUGACUUCUCAGAGGUCCUUGCCCACACCAAGCCCUCGGCCAAGAGCCUGGCAGAGAAAUACUCAGCAUGGCAGAAUGAAUUUGAGUCUGUGUAAAGGGAUGUGCCCCGGUGUAUCAGCAUUAAACACAACUGCCCUCUGAUGAUCAUGAUGACUACCUGAGCCUCGUCUCACCCACCAAACCAAAGAGACUGUUUUAUUUAAGGUCUAUUUAUUAUAGUGGAAAAUAAACUGGUUUCAAAGAGG